CAUCUGUGUCCAAUCACAGCUGAUCUCAUGGGACAUGUACACUGAUCAUCAGGGCACUGAUGAUCAGUGUCCCCUGAUGAUCAGUGUAGGCCUAGCAGUGCCACCUGUCAGUGUCCAUCAAUGCCAGCUGUCAGUGCUCAUCAGUGCCACCUGCCAGUGUCCAUCAGUGCCACAUCAAUGCCACAUAUCAGUGCUCAUUUGAGCUGCCUUUCAGUUAUCAUUGCCACCUAUCAAUGCCAGUCAGUGCCACCUAUCAGUGCCAGUGCCACCUAUCAGUGCCAGUCAGUGCCACCUAUCAGUGCCAGUCAGUGCCACCUAACAGUGCCAUAUAUGAGUGCUGCCUUUCAGUGCCCAUCAGUG